GCGGCCCGGGGCUCGCUGCUGCUGCUGCUGCUGCUCGCCGCCCUCGGGGCCUGCCGCCUGCGCCUGGCCCGUGCCGCAGCGUCGUGUCCCCGGAGCCUGGACUGUGCCCUGCAGCGCCGGGAGUUCUGCCCACCGGGGUCAGGUGCCUGUGGCCCCUGCCUGCCCCCCUUCCAGGAGGAUGACCAUGGGCGAUGCGUCCAGAAGCAGCUCUCUCCCAGUGGGCGGAUGUCUGUUCCCAGCUUGGAAGCAGAAAUCGAUUUUCUGGCGGAUGUGCUGGCCAGGCACGAGGCUCCUCACCCCCAGCCGCUGCGGGAUGGCAAGUCCAAGACCACCUCGGUCCCUGCUGGUGGCAGACAACGCGUGGCCAGUGGGCUGAGAGAGGAAUUUCUGCAGCAGAGUGCUGCCGGCAGCAAGGCAGCAGCCACCCUCCCCACCUCCACCAGCACCGCCGUCCCGAAGUACCCGGUGGAGGCAUCUCCCAUGCCUUCAAAUGACGACGUGGUGCUUGGGCUGAUCGCAGUGUGCACAGUGGCUGGGAUCUCGGCGCUGAUCGUGGCUGCAGUCUGCUGGUGCAGGUUGCAGAAGGAGGUCAGGCUGGCACAGAAAGCAGACUACUCAUCACAGCGAGUGACCAGCCCCCUGCCCUACGACAAGAUGUCGCCUGGGGACAAGACGCUUGCUCAGAGCGCCCAGAUGUACCACUACCAGCACCAAAAGCAGCAGAUGCUCUCCAUGGAGAAGCAUAAAGAGGAGCCCAAGCUGCCAGACUCGGCAUCAUCUGACGAGGAGAAUGAGGAUGGAGACUUCACUGUGUACGAGUGCCCCGGGCUGGCUCCGACUGGAGAAAUGGAAGUGAGGAACCCACUGUUUGACGACUCCUCCUUACACCCCUCCAACCCCAAGUCACACCAGUAACACCCCUCCUCUCCUCCGCCCAAGCUUGCUAUGGACUGUUCGCCCGACGCCAGAGCCCAGCAGGGUGGCCGCGACGGAGGGGAGCCCACAGCUGGGCAAAGGGGUGCAGCCCCUGCUCUGCCAGACUGUUUGACGCCUGCCCAAUAAACACCCACUAACAGCUACGGCAGGGGGGGAUCGCCCCUGUUGAGCCUCCUUGUCCUCUUUGCUGCUGUGAUCGCGUCCCUGCCUUGCCCUUCGCUCGCUGCUCUGGGGACACGCCAGCCCCGCGGGGGGAGCGGCCGCUGCCUUGGCACAGAACUGGGGGUUCCGCAGCACUGUCUCUUUGCAUUUGGCUUUGAGGAGGGUGCUGCUGCCCUGGCUGCAGCUGGGCUGAUACGGCAGCAGCUGGGAAAGGGCUGGAGAGGGGGUUAGAGAGCAGGAGCGAGGCCGGGGGGGGUGGGGGCGAGCACACUCGUGUCUGCUGGGGACGUCAUUAGGGCUGCCAGCCUGCCCAGAGCCCCUCUGCCAGGGAUGGAGACUUUCCCUGGAGCGGGUGGCAUCACUAAAGGCUCUGGUGCCUGGUCUGCCCCUUCUUCCCCAUCAUGGGCAGCCCCUGGCAGCAGGGUCCCACUCUGGGAGCCCAGGGCAGGAGCAGGGAUUGCUCCCCAGGAUGCCCCUUCGAAUGCCGUCCUGCGCCAGGCUAGGAGCUCUGCCCUGGCCCCUGCACUGGCUCCAUCCCCUUCCAGGAGUGCUGGUCCUCAGAGGCUCCAGGUCACAGACAGUCCCAGUGCUGCUAUGCCAGGCUGUCCCAGCGAAGGAUUUCCUCGUGGCAGCCCUGGGUGCCAGCUGGGCUCUCACCACAGGCUUCCAUGGGGUGAAUGCUCAGAAAAGGCCUGGGGUCUUGGUUUUAAGCCUGUAUGGCCAUGGGGGAGGAAGGAGAGAGACCGUUGGGGGCUUGGGAGACCAGGAGGGGUAGCUAAGGCACAGUGGCUUUGCCGCACUGCUUCUCUGCCCCGUGGAGGCCGUGCCCUGUGCAGCAUCCCUGCGGAGCCGUCCUGGCGCUCUCUUUGGGCAUCCCUCUGUGGCAGGGCACAGUCUCUGCUGCUCCAUCCUGGGCACCUCCCAGGCUCCAAAGACCCCCUGCACCCCUCCACUACCCACGUCUGCAUCUGGGCUCACUAGUCCACGCUGACAAGUCCUUGCCCAGAGUCCAGUGCUGUUCCCCAGAGCCUCCCCGGUGUGUUGGCUGUGACCCUUCCAGCGUAAGGCCCAGGAUAAGUUUUGGGUUGCUUUUCACAGAUGGGACUUCAUGUCCAGACCCUGGUAUGGACUGUCACAGCCACGGGUGACCUGUUACACACAGGUAGCCUAUUGCACGCACGGGAGCUGUUUCACACAGGGGAGCCAUUGCACGCUCAGGAGCUGUUGCACGUGCAGGCAGGCGCAGGCAGCAGCGGCAGGGCCCUGUGCUGGAGAGCAGUGGUGGUGUGAGAACGUCCCCGGCAGGGCUGCUGGCAAAGGCCAUCACUGCACAGAUCCUUCCCCCACACUCCCUUACCCGUGGGCUGCUGCCCUUCUCCCUGCGCCCCUCGUUGUUGUAUGGAUUGUAGUUCUUUUAAAAGGAGAUUUUAUUAAACGAUCAUGUUUGAGACCCA